GAUGGUUCUGGUGGGGAGCUUUGCUGGUCCUGGUGGAUGGAACUUUUUCAAAGUGCCAAGACUUUUGCUCGGGCCACCGCGGCCAAUCGGGAGCUGCGUAUAUCGUCGACCUCAUCACACAGAAAGAGCUUCCACCCCAACGCCACCACGAUUCUCUCCACUCCGCCAAUCCAUUGACGCUGCAAACGGGCAUCGACGGUUUCUCGAUACCAACAUGCCCGUCUCUCUUGCGCGUCUAGCCGGCCACACGGCGAAACGGCUGUGCCUGACGCCCCGACCGAACCUUGCUCAAGCCCCACGAAUCCGACCUAUUGCCCGAUGCCUAUCUACCUCGACACCCCGCCGUUAUGCCGAUGUCGAGGACAACCAGCGGAUGCGUAUUAUUCCUACCGAUGAGACGUUUGGCCGCCCCGUGGAUCCCGAGGAUCUCGAGGAUCAGAACACGAACACCGCCAUCGACGAGGGGGGGGAUAGCAUUGAGAACCGGAAGAUUCGCCACUAUACAGUUAACUUCGGUCCCCAGCAUCCUGCAGCCCACGGCGUGUUGCGCUUGAUUCUUGAACUUAACGGAGAGGAGGUUGUGCGCGCUGAUCCUCACGUUGGACUGCUCCACCGCGGGACGGAGAAGCUGAUCGAAUAUCGCACAUAUCUCCAGGCUCUGCCUUACUUUGACCGUCUUGACUACUGUUCUAUGAUGACCAAUGAGCAAGUCUAUUCCUUGGCCGUAGAGAAGCUGUUGAAUAUCGAGAUCCCAUUAAGAGCAAAGUAUAUCAGGACUUUGUUCGGUGAGAUUACCCGUAUCAAGAACCACAUUAUGUCUGUCACUACCCACGCCAUGGACGUUGGUGCUUUGACGCCUUUCCUCUGGGCUUUCGAGGAACGUGAGAAGCUUAUGGAAUUCUACGAACGUGUUUCUGGUGCCCGUUUACAUGCCGCCUACGUACGCCCAGGUGGCGUGUCUCAAGAUCUCCCUCAUGGCCUUAUGGACGACAUUUACCAGUGGGCUACUCAGUUUGGUGAUCGUAUCGAUGAAACAGAGGAAAUGUUGACGGACAACCGCAUCUGGAUCAGUCGUACCAAGGGUGUUGGUGUUGUCUCCGCAGCUGAUGCCAUUAAUUACUCCUUCUCUGGCCCUAUGCUUCGAGGCUCUGGUGUGCCGUGGGAUGUCCGCAAGUCCCAGCCCUACGACGCCUACGAUCUGGUAGACUUCGAUGUUCCCGUCGGCACCAACGGAGACUGCUACGAUCGUUACCUCUGCCGUAUGGAAGAGUUCCGUCAAUCUCUUCGCAUUAUCCACCAGUGUCUCAACCAGAUGCCAGCUGGUCCCGUCAAGGUCGAGGACUACAAGAUUGCCCCUCCUCCUCGCGCUGCCAUGAAGGAGAACAUGGAGGCUCUUAUUCACCACUUCUUGCUGUUCAGCAAGGGUUACAGUGUCCCACCAGGCGAGACCUAUACCGCCAUUGAGGCCCCUAAGGGCGAGAUGGGUGUUUUUCUAGUUUCCGAUGGUAGCGAGAGACCGUACCGAUGCAAGAUUAGAGCUCCUGGAUUUGCACACUUGGCCUGCAUCGACCAAGUGUCGAGAGGUCACUUGUUGGCCGACGUUGUCGCCAUUAUUGGAACUAUGGAUCUUGUGUUCGGUGAGGUUGACAGAUAG